CCGCGCACGCGAACCAGUCAGAUCAAUGUGAGCUCGAUUCCGCGGCGAUUCUGUGCCGAAAGACGGGCGGGGUCACUACAAUUUAUUUAAUCGCGAGCCGUAUCCCUAAAAGUUAACAACUAAGACAGAUUUAAUUUUUUCAAAUUUACAUACGCGUUUAUUGACGUCUCUUACGCCAUCUGCAGGACCUGACACAUGUCGCAUCAGUCUCCGCGAGUACUCGGACCGGUGCGGCGCCUUUAGGUAAAACCGUACGGUAGUGGGGGAAACUGUCUGUGAAUAACCGGCUCAGAGUAGAGGUAAAGAAAAUAAAAUAAAAUAAACCAGAGGAAGAGAGACUUAGAGAGAGAGAGAGAGAAAGUUGACGUAGGACACGUGAAAUAUCCUGUUGAGAGUCAGGUAUAAAAAUAUGUCCAACUCGAAAAACCGAAUUGAUCUAGAGAAACCAAGAUGGGACCAGAGUACUUACAUCGGACGAGCUAAACAUUUUUUCAAUUUAACAAAUCCGCUAAAUGUCUUCGCGUCUGAAAAUGAACUCGAAAGAUCCCGAGAUAUCGUUUCUAAAUACAGAAAAGGGGAAUCACUGGAGAGUCUUAAAAUAACAGAAGAUGAAUUAUGGAAGAACAAAUAUUUAUAUGACAGCGCAUAUCAUCCCGAUACUGGUGAAAAAAUGCUCGUUAUUGGGCGUAUGAGUGCCCAAGUACCCAUGAAUAUGUUGAUCACCGGCUGCAUGCUGACUUUUUAUAAGUCGACCCCAGCUGUCGUGUUUUGGCAAUGGUGCAAUCAGUCAUUCAAUGCGGUGGUUAAUUACACGAAUCGCAGUGGCGCCAGUCCAAUUCCGACUGAGACACUGGUACGCAGUUAUGUUGGAGCAGUAGGUGGCGCUGUUAUCACGGCGCUGUCAUUAAACCGGUUGGCACGUCAUGCCCCGCCAUUGGCAGGUCGGUUGGUUCCACUGGCCGCGGUCGCUGCCGCUAACUGCGUAAACAUUCCGCUUAUGAGGAUAACAGAAUUGCAAGAGGGAAUUGAGCUUCAAAAUGAGGAAGGAAAGAAAAUGGGCCACAGCAAAAAAGCUGCAAAAGAAGCCAUCGCUUCUGUUACCAUGUCGAGAGUUUUAAUGGCGUCGCCUAGCAUGGUCUUGUCCCCAAUACUGAUGAACUUCUUGGAGCGACGCAAGAUGUUGGCCAGAGCAAAAUGGGCGGCAGCGCCAAUUCAAUUAGCAGUUUGCGGUGUCUGUUUGACCUUCGCGACUCCCCUCUGCUGCGCACUCUUCGCCCAACGAGUCCCGGUGUCUAUUGAUCAUCUAGAGCCUGAGGUGCAGGAAGAAAUACGAGCUAAAGACCCUAAUAUCAAGAUGCUUUACUACAACAAAGGGUUAUGAGCACAAGUUAGGUUACGGUCCAAACACUGGGCGCCAUUUUUCGGUGUACUUUGAACUCUGCUAUACAGGUGGCUGCUGUUAGAUGUUUUGUUUGCGGUUAGACUGCUAUAGCACAGAAUUUAAACAAAAAAAUAUCAAUAAAUAUUUCAGAAUGGAAUAUCAUGACACAAAAAAACGUUAUACAUAUAAAUCAAAAAAUAAUUAAAUGAAUCUCUGAGAUGCAUUUACGUCAAUUACGUGGACUGACA